AUGGAUGGAGAGGAUUGCUUUGGCACCACACCUGUGCCAUGGGGCCUUAUGCUGGAAUACGAACGCACUGAUGCCAUCGUUCAGCUGUGUCGACAGCUUUCCUUUUUCCGUUCUGAUAAAUUAGAACUCAUUGAACGCGAAGAAUUUCUCUCUUGUUCUGGUAUGGAGUCUGAAGGCGCAAAUUUUCUAUUAGUGCAUGGUUCAGUUGGUAAUGCCCGAAAGGACGCCUUCUUGAGGAUUCUUCGUUUAGCGCGGCUAACUCUUAUACAGGACAUUGCUUCCCAAGUUAUUGUCUCGCCGCAAAUUGGAGAUGUUCUCCCAAAGGCCCUAUUGCAGCCUCUGUGGGAGACCAUCCAGGUGAAGAGCCUCCGAAGGUGGAACAGUCUUCAUUGGGCAGUGCGAUGUGGUCUUCUUAGAAGAAUAAAAAGGCGACGUGACAUGAUGCAGGUACAUGUUGAUCAGAUUUUGAGCAUGAAACCAACUGAAAAAGAACUUAGCUCUGCUACCGCCACUGAGAAGCCUGAUUCGCUGGAAGAAGAGUCAUUCUACAAUGCUUUUCGGGACCUCCUUGAACUAGAGCAAGAGGAGCAGAAUGCUCCUCUUGAAUUGUACCACAGCGCAUGCAGCGAAGAACGAGUUCAUCUUUCUUCUGUUGUCGCAAAUGUGCCGACACUUAUUGUUGUGUGGGCUAGCUGGGAUUCGGCGUCCGUCGCGUGGUUAAGGGAGCAUCUCUUUAACGACUCGAAAACGGGGAAGCUCAAGGGUUGUGUAGCGUUGGCUGCAGCAUUUCUUGCUGCUAUGGAUGAUGAUCCAUGGCUGCAAUGUGUAUCGCAGUUUGUUCGGAUACCAAAGCGAGCAACAGUACCAAAACGAAGAAGGCUGCGUCGCGGUGCAAGACGAUCUCAAAUUGUUUUGAUUAGUAUGGACCGUGAGAAGGCGGCUGCUCUUCGGACUCUCAACUCUCUUUCUGCUGGGGUCGGUGGCUGGGCAAGUCCAGAGGUUUCAUUGAUGCCAUUAUGGGGUGGGCCUGAUGGUCUUCAAAGUGAGCUAGCAACUGAGCUUAAUGUCACGGAACUUCCGUUUUUCAUUGCCACAGAGCCGUCUGACAGCCGAAAAAGAAAGAUGGGUGAUGGAAGGUGUCCUCGCAUUUGCUAUAUCACCUCUAACACAGAAGGAGAAAUGAAUUCGUUUCCCUCGACUGUGUCGAACACUCUUGGAGAAGCUCGUGGAGUGGACAUCAAUUUUGUAGAUUGGCAUAUCGUUGACAAAGAGAAACGUAAGUGUGUGGCUAGUGCUAUCUCCAACUUUGUUGGAUCUAGCGAUGCACCUUUGCGAUUCUUCGCACGUGUGGAUCGCUCUUACAAAAUGAUACACCCAUCCAUGUCACCACCGCUGAGAUAUUUGAAAUCUGAAACAGUGUCGCAGGUGUCCAUGUCUGGUACAGUUUCAUCACUGCAUGUACAAAAAUUGAUGGAAGAAAUGCGUGUUCUUGCUCAGGUGAAGAACUUUGCAGUGGAUGUAAAGAUAAUGAAACCAUCCAGUCCAUUGUUGAUACAGCUGAAUCCUAUAACACCAUCUCGGUAUAUUCAUGGGAUGGCCCGCAAUGUUACGUGCAGUGAGUGCUUCUCCGAUAUUUUGAUAGACACUGAGCACCACUAUAGGUGUUUACACUGCGAUCAAGUGGAGGGAGUUGUGUGUCCUAGGUGUUUUGCAGAAGAAAAACACCCAGAGCAUCAUGUACUACUCCGUAUACCUACCAAGGCUGAUACAACUUUGCAUUUGCUAUGGGGUCCAUCAAAUGUUGCACCCUUGACUCGUUUUUUGGGGACUCUCUUACCCAAUAUUGCCGAUGCCCACGUUGGAAUCUACUGCAAUGUUUGCUCUCAUCAGGUGCGUGGAGUACGAUGGAAAUGUGCAACGUGUUAUCAGUAUGACAUGUGUGAUCGGUGUGACCGAAAGGAGAAUCCACAAAUGGCUUGCAAAUGUGCUAAAGGUGUCUCUUUCCCCGCAGAGUGUUCUCAAAGUCCUUUUGCCACAUUCGCCGAAUCCAAGUCCCAUCCCAAGGAGCAUUUGUUUCUUUGUAUUCGCCGGGGUACUGGACCAGACGGUGAUGAAUGCCUGAAGCCUGUGAUGGAGCAUAAAUUGUUGGAAACUCUGCUCAUAGGGGAGUGCGCGGAUGACAAGGCAGGAUAA